CUUCCUUACACUCAAGGAAAGAAAUCAAAACAAACACAACCGAAAAGUGUUGGAACACGUGUAGACUACAUUUCCAUUGUUUGUGGUACAGAAAGCGCAUUUAAAGGCCCGUCGCUUUACAGUCAUAUUUCUUCAGACGACAAAAAACCCUGACUGCUUUUUUGGAUACGUCGAAAAAGUGGAGUUUCAAGGUCUAUAGAACACUUCUAAGAUGCCCUCUGCAGAAGUCAACUCUCCACUCCAGCUGAUGAGGAGCGUCAAAGAAGAGACGGAGGAGUUCAGAUUAGCUGAUUCUCCUGAACAACUGAACAUAAAAGAAGAGAGAGAAGAGUUCCCUGGUUCUUCGUCCCAGCUGAAUAUGAAAGAAGAGAGAGAAGAGUUCCCUGGUUCUUCGUCCCAGCUGAACAUGAAAGAAGAGACAGAGGAGUUCCCCGGUUCUUCAGAACAGCUGAACAUAGAAGGAGAAGAGACAGAGCAGUUCCCCGGUUCUCCACCUCAGCUGAGGAGCGUAAAAGAGGACAGCGAGGAGACCCUGCGUUCUCUGUACAGUCUGAGGAGCGUAUCUGUAGUGCUGGUGGACUGCUGUAGACUACAAGGACGGCAGGAGAACGAUGAAGAGAAUCACAGAGAUGCCGAGCCAAGGAAGAGAUCUGGACAUCAGCUACACUGCGGUUCCAGUGGAGCGGAGUUUAGUGGAAAAACACAUUCUGCUGCCCUCACCACAGAGAAGCCGUACCCUUGCAGCCAGUGUGAUAAGAGCUUCAAGUCAAAACGAGACCUCCAAAUCCACCAGCGUGUUCACACGGGGGAGAAACCAUUUUCAUGCACUGACUGUGGAAAAAGUUUCUCACAGUCCUCUCACCUCCACAAACAUCGCCGCAUUCACACUGGAGAGAAGCAGCAUCCUUGCAAUCAGUGCGAGAAAAGCUUUCGGACAAAACAAAAACUCCAAAACCACCACCGUGUUCACACAGGGGAGAAACCAUUUUCAUGCUUAGACUGUGGAAAGAGUUUCUCAACUACUACUAGCCUUAAGAUGCAUCGUCGCAUUCACACAGGAGAGAAGCCAUACGCUUGCAGUCAGUGUGAUAAGAGCUUUAAGAGAAAAGAUGAGCUCCAAAUCCACCAGCGUGUUGUUCACACAGGGGAGAAACCAUUUUCAUGCACUGACUGUGGAAAGAGUUUUUCAAAUUAUUCUGACCUUCACAAACAUCGCCGCUUUCACACGGGAGAAAAGCCAUACGCUUGCAGCCAGUGUGACAAGAGCUUUAAGAGAAAAGAUGAGCUCCAAAUCCACCAGCAUGUUCACACAGGGGAGAAACCAUUUUCAUGCACCGACUGUGGAAAGGGUUUCGUGCAGUCUUCUCACCUCCACAUACAUCGUCGCCUUCACACUGGAGAGAGGCCGUACCCUUGUAGCCAGUGUGACAAGAGCUUUAAGAGAAAAGGACACCUCCAUGCCCACCAGCGUGUUCACACAGGGGAGAAACCAUUUUCAUGUACUGACUGUGGAAAGAGUUUCUUGCGGUCUUCUCACCUCAACACACAUCGCCUUAUUCACACUAGAGAGAGGCCGUACUCUUGCAGUCAGUGUGACAAGAGCUUUAAGUCAAAAGCAGAGCUCCAAAGCCACCAGCGUGUUCACCAGGGCCGUCGUUAGGCCUAUUUUAGGGGGGCUUUAGCCCCCUUUACAUUAGUAUUAGCCCUCCUUGUAACGAUUUUGAAAAAAAAAAAAAUAAUAGUAAUAUAUUUUUUUUAAUUUAAUUUUUUUUUUUUUAAAUCCAAAAGCAAAUGGAGUAAAGCACUGAAUACAAACCACCAAGAAGGCAAGUUGAUCUGAAUACAAGUUCCUGUUUGCUUAUUUAUUGUUUAAUGCUACUUAUAUCCUCCUGCACAGCAAUAUGUUAUGCAGGAGGGAAACAUAAUACUAUUCAUCAGUUGAAACAUUUUGAAAUGUUUUGUUUAGCUUACAUAUAAGGAAUGUUCAUUAAAGUCUGAAUUAAAAAAAAAAAUCCACUGUAACUAGUGUUUAAAAAUUGGUAUGGUGCUCUUAAAAUAAUUGUUCAAGAAGACGCUUUUGCACACCUCUGUAGCUGGGCAGGUGCGUAGG